AUGGGGGUCGAUUCGAAAAAGGCCCCUCCCCUACCUGCCCCUACCGAAACCGAGUCAUUGAGUACGCCAACCGAACUUGCGACCGAUCUUUCCCACUGGCAAGAGGAGGAGAAGUCACACAUCUCAAUCCCCGACGACGGCACCCCCGUCACCAUCCGCACCCGCGGCCACAAGCACAACCGCUCUCAGACAUCGCUCUUGAUCGAGUACUUUGAAGGUGGAAAGGGCCCCGUCUCCACCGACGGCGGCGCCAUCAACACUCGCAAGCCCAGCGUAAGGGUCCGGCUCACUCCAUCCAAAGGCGGCCGAGGCAAAAACGACCACAUACAGAUCACCGAGAUGUCCAAGUCCUCGCGAAAGGUCUCUGCGUCGAAGCGGGACAAGCAGGACCCGUUGGUGCCCAGCCAGCUCAGCGAGCUGGACAUGUCCGAAGACGCCAGGAGCUUGCAUUCUUAUGCUUCAGCGACCGAAGAGUCCAAUGUGUCGCGGAACCCCAUUGAGGUCGACAUUCAGCCCGGACAUUAUCGGAGACGGGAACGCAAGCCUUCUAGUCCCCUCAUCCCCGCAGCCGACAGUAAACUUUCUUCCUCAUACCUCCCCCCGAACAUGUCGGACAUUUCUGGCAUCCCAACCGACAGUUUCCUCGAUGGCUCUGGCGGCACCCAUUUGUCCUACUCACCCAAAAGACACAGCAAGAACCCUUCAGCAGCAGAAGCAUUGGCGGCCGGUACGCUGGGUGCUGUCGCUGCCGCUGCCGUAGCCGACAAGGCGAAUAGAAAGAACCGCAGUGCGAGUCACGACCGCAAGAUCAUCGAGAGGGCAGUCGAGAAGGCCACACGACCAGACAAGAAGCACAGGUCCAAGAGCCGGACAAGCAGCAUCAGUGAGAUGGAGGUCGAUGGCAAGAGUUCUUCGAGGCGCAGGUCCUCCAAGAGUGGCCACAAGGAAUCCUUGGUCUCUGGUGCCGACUCAAGCAUGGUCUCAUCCGCACUUACGCCAAGCCAUAGAUCUUACGACUCCUACUCCUCCUCGAAGGUCUCCCUCAACAACCCCAAGCUUCUGGAGACGGUCGAGGAUGCUAUCAGGCGCCUCAUUCUACCAGAGUUGGAGUCACUUAAGAGGGAACGCAGCCAGCGUGACACGAGGAGCGGUUCCAUGCGAAGUCGGGAUAGAGCAUCACUAUCUAGUCUCACCACAGAUUCGAGGGAUGAGCUCUCGGUCACCAGCAAACGGAAAUCUGGUGCUACCGAGCACUCCAUUAGAUCCAGAGGCCGCGAGGCCAGAAACGACUUGUCGCCGCAGAGCAGUGUGGAGCAUGUCUCUGUGCUUGAGCACGAAGAGAACACACCACGCCGCGAUAACCAUGUUGGGGACGUUGCGUUGUUAGGCGCUGCAGCAGCAGCUGGCAUAGCAGCAGCAAAUCGCGACAGAUCCAGAGCUGACGAGAAGCGACAACGGAGACGGCGCAGAGCCAAGACGCCGGAGCAUGGCAGAGCAGGCGAGGAGUACGAUGAAUACGAGCAAGAGGUUGCGCCUCCGAUGCCGCUUUCCAGCGAGAUUAAUCCUUCCGAAAUGACGAGAACCUCAAUCCUUUCUGCCGAUACCGACAGGCCUCACUCCGCUAGCGACGAGAUCACUCCCAUUCGCGACGUCACCAGGGAUGUCAUCUCCAACGGCUCCGUGCAUGACUCUCUGACGCCUACUCAAACACCCGACCACCAUAGCUUGCAGAAGCUGGGUGCUCUUCAUGCCAAUCUUUCUCAUGGCGAUCUGAAAAAUCUGCCCCGUAAAAGCACUGGCGGCUAUGAAUAUGAGGAGGAGAGUGAGCUGAGCUCGAACAACCCAGCCUAUCGUGAUGAGUACGACGAAUAUGAAGAGGAAGGGCUCAGCGAACCCGCAAUGUACGAAAAUACAUUCUACAACCAACAGGAUGUGCCACCACCUCUGCGAUACGUCCCCUAUCAACAGGAGCGCCGUGGUCUAAGUCCAAUUCAGAGUGUAUCUGGAUACACAGAAGGGGAGAGCGACCUCUACCAUCGCCGGGACUCGAGAUUAACAGACAGCGAAAUUUCAUCUCCACGCAAAUCUCCGCAUCCAAGUUCUGUUCCCAGCAAUAUGCGCAGCAGGGAGUUUGGUGACGAGGAGAGUAGCGUUAGAAGCUCUGGCAACUACCGUGACACCAGAUACACAGAUGACAGCGAACUUGACCAGGUCACCUCUGGGCAGGCAGUCCGUGGCGUUGGCGCAAACCCUCAAUUCAUCCACCAGCCUUUCGGUGCUGAGUCCAACGUUGCUUCUCUUGUGGAGGGCUCGGCUCUAGAUUCAUCGGUUCUCAGCAAUGGCCAAGAGUACCGCGAUUCCCAAUUGUCUCGGGACUCUGAAAUCAGUGCUGGCCCAGACUACCGCGAUUCUCAGCUCUCCUAUGAUUCGCGAGCUGAGGAACAUCUGUCUCGCGGAAGCGGGGCGGGCAGUCCUUCAAAGAACUCCGUUAGUAGCCGGGUUGAGCAGUUUGAAAAGCGCAACUCGCCUGCUUUGUCCAAGCAGUCGCUUUCGCAAGCAUCCCGUGAGUUUGAAGAGUACGAACUAGAUCAGUAUGGUCGUAAGUACCCCAAGACUGAAACCCGACAUUCUCCUACCACAUCAGAGCAAGCUAUCACCAACGCUGCGCUGAGCCGAGCUGCCGAGGCCGCCAAGAUGAAAGCCCAGCAGGCGGCUUUGAGCUCAGAAGAACAACAAUGGGAAGGUGAAGGAGUUGCACGCAACAAGUCUUUCAAAGAACGGGCUAAGGCAGACGGGUUUCGGUCUGAUGCGACUCCUCGUCAUAGUAUCGACCGCCUGUCUGAGCAAUACGAGUUGGGAGCCAGCGGCUUACCGGACUCGGACUACCCAAUGCCUGAAAUUGGAUAUGGAUACCAGCAUUCUGAGAACGGGCACUCUGUUGUUGAGGGGCCACUAGGCGGAUCCGAGACCCAUGAAUGGCACGAAGAGCGAACCCCUACACAGGAAAAGACCUUCGAUUUUGAUCGCACUACCACCCCCAAGGCCGGCCAGAAGGGUUCGAGCCAUAGUCUGGGGCUUACUGAGGCAGUUGCUGCUGGUGCACUAGCUACUGCUGCAGGCAUGGCUGCCUCUCACAGCAGACAUGCGAGUCAAGACCAAGACGAGGAGUGGCAUCGUACAUCGAUGGACCGUAAGAGGGAUACGCUUGUCACGAAUCCCUACGAGGGCACAAGCCCCAUUGCGAAUCUCCCCGGUCUUGAUCAGCUCACUGGAGCCGGAUUCCACGGCGGCGAACAAUACCGAGCGGGCUUCAACACUGGAAGCCCCGGUAUGGGCGGUGACGAGGGCUACGAGACCGCGCAACCCAACGAGGCUAACAUGCAGGGCAAGGCAGUGGCAUUUCAAAGUCAACCUGGCAUGGGCGGCAAUACAGAGGACCCGUUCUAUGUCGGGAUGCCGAAGCACCAAAGACAAAUUAGUGGUUUGUCUCACGGCAUGGGUUCGCCACUUUAUGAUGCCGCAACAGGUGCCGGGAUUGACAAUAUUCAAUCUAAAGACAUUAUUGCACUAAUGGAGCACCUUAUGGUUCGCGACGCGCAGAGAAGUGCUAGAGAUACCGAAAUGCUCGUGACACUCGUGAGAUCAGCUGCUGAGAUGCGCACCUCUUUCAACGAUAUCAAGAGAUUACUUGCGGACACUGAAGAUCAGAUUAUCGGCGAAGUUAAGGACAAUACUGAGAAGACGGUCCAACGACACGUUGGUGGUCCCCGACCAUUCCCUGGCAGCGGAGCUCGGUCGCUACAGGGUGGAUCACAAUCAGGAACUUUCGAUGAAAAUGCCAAGAAGCGCAACAUCUUCCGCCGAGCACUGAAGGGCCUCAGUAGUAAGGGGGACAAAGACCUCGGGAGAAUCGAGGAUAUGCUCAUGCACCUGCUGGGAGAAGUCGAUGUAUUGAAGCACCAGACCGCUGGCCAAGGCCCCGUAUCUGGUAUGGGCACACGCAGUCACUCUUUUGAGAACUUGCCGGAAGUUCAAUAUGAGCAAGACAAGGGCUACGAACCCGAAGGACUUGCUGGAACUUCUACUGCCAGCCAUGGGAGCCAGUCUGGCCACCUUUCCAUUCCGCAAACUCGUGGUUCUUCCGCAAACAGGGGUUAUGAGCGGAAGUUUUCAGAUCACAGGAUUAGUACUGUGGACGAAGGUGACGAGGACGAAUACUAUAACGAGCAGCAAGUGACGCCCAGACACCAGAAUGAAGAAUUUCUCAUGUCACCUGCAAUUCCACCCGCCCGUGCGGACUCCGUUCCUCUUGCGACACCGCCACAAACGGCUAACAUGGCUGAGCACUCUGCUAGCUACGAGAAUACACCGGUCACGGAUGCAAGCAAGAAGCACAAAUCCAAGGCCUCAUCUGGGUUCUUCCCUAAGAUCUCCAGAUGGUCUGAGACAACAACUUCAAGCGUUGGCAAGAUGUUCCGCAAUUCACGAAAGCCUGAGCAGGGCGAUCAAGUCGAGGAAUUCCUUCGGCAUCGCCCUUCCCGAUCUGGCUCGGAUCUAGAGCAUUACGAAGUGUACUCACCAAGCGAUCCGUAUGGUGAAGACAAGCUGCACACAGGCUACUCUGAGCAAGACCUAAAUGGCAAUGACGAAUUCGAGGCCACCACUCCGACGAGCUACCGCCAGGAGCACCCCCCUGCCAUGUACGCCACUCCCGAGGACCCGAAGUAUAAGGCGCACCGCAACAGCGUCAACCUACAGCACCCGCAACCCAGGCCAGGUCAAACCGAGCGCUUCAGGACUGCCCUCGAGACGUCUGCCCAAGGUUACGACGCAAACCUACAAGCACCCAUGAGUCCCCGCUCGGGAGACUGGGCCCGCUCAGCCACCAGCCUCGGUCGCUUUGACGAGCAAAAUGAACAAAACGAAUACGGCUGGACAUCGCCAUCGCAGCAAGCGCCUGCCAGACCUCCUAAGGAACCCCUCGAGGACAAUGCCGGUACGCCAGCGAGAAACGCGCGCCUGAGUAAUAUCCAAAAGCAGAACAGCCCGCUGCCAUACCAGAGCGUCGACAGCGGUUAUGGCGGUACUGCAACUCAUGCGGGCACCGUCGGCAGCGCCAGUUUUCACUCUGGCAGCCCUAAGCCUGAGAACCGCAACCUCAAUGGCGCACUUGGGGCUCCUGCUCGUCGGCCCAGCGGCCCACGUGCCAUGACCCCAAGCCGGGGCUUGAACAGAUCACGAGGAAGUGAUGACGGAGAUAGUAUUCGCAGUGGCCGAAGUGGCAUCAGCGACACGCAUGCUAGAGAUGAACGAAGAAGGAAGAGAGACACCUUUGGCACUGUAGGCACUGUCGCCAGCCAGGAAUCCGAGACGUUCUAG